CCAUGACUUCCUUAGAUCAUUGCACCUUCCAGCAUUUCUCAGCGUAAACACCAUAGACAACUUCCAUUCCCGUAUCAUUCCAUCUUACGACUACACUCUUUGUAGUUGGAUUGCUCAUUUACCCCGCCGCCCCCUUGGACACCGCUUGUUUCCACUCGAUAUUAGCCUCCUUCUAGGUGGAGCACGGUUGGGCAGAACUCGUCAGGUUGGAGCAAUACCAGUCCGUUUUAUUUCCAUACACCGCGAUCUUGAUCAUCCUUUUUCUUCGUUCGACAUCUUUCCUUCUGUCUCACCCAACUUUCGCAUCUCUUUCUUCAGCACCUUCGCAUCUGCCUGAUCCAUACCCUCUUGCCGGCGUUUCGCAGAACUCACCACCUGCAACACCACAGUAUUAGCAGAUCGACACCAAGCACAUCACCAGUAUCAUCAUGUCACAGUAUCAACAGGACGAAUUGGCUCGUCUCUUUGCCAACAACAUGAGCUUGAAUCACACCUUGCCUCAAUCCACUCCCGACAAGCAGUUCCUCGGCCACACGUCUACCGUUCAGCCCAUCUACUACAGCUCCCAGCACUACACUCCAUCCUACUACAUGCACGUUGCCCCAACGCCGGAACAACAGCAGGCAGUAGCACCCCGCGCAGACUCUCCCCUCAGUGGCAGCCCACUAGACAACCACAGUAACAGCCUCACACCCAUCCAUCUGGCGUCGAUGCUGCGCAACCACGACAUCGACCCCACCUCGCUGAGCCCUUCGCAAGUCAAGCUUUUCACCAACGCAGACUACGACCAGCGAUUACGCCUACUCGAACUCUGGCGCAUCUCUCCCCCACAGUCAGCAGACCACAUGCAGCAAGAAACAAGUCUGGCACACGAAGAGCAGCUGGCAUCGUUGCGCUACGAGGAGCGCAUGCGUGGACAAGUUGACGAUGCACAGGCUGAGCCUUAUAUGGAGUCGGGCUAUGCCCACUCUGCUCACAGUGAGCCUGUGUAUGCUUCUUGCUCUGGCGGCAUGUGGCAAUCUCAAGCUUCGCAGCAGGAUCGCUCUGUCAAGGAGAUGGAAGAUGCAUACGGUUCUUGGGCACAGGCACGCAACUUCGAACAGCUGCAGGCCAUGAAUGCUCAGGUUGAGCAGCAGCGCAGCUAUGGUGGCUACCAAUCUGCUGCACACGAUGAUGACGAUAUGGAGUUGUAGGCGAUGUGUGUUCCACGAAGGAAGACGUCCGGUCCGGUUCGGUUCAGCACAUAGUAUUCUUCAGGGGGUGACAGGAUACAAUUACGACAGCAUAUGCAGGCGCAAUCAAGGAGUACGGCAGAACACACAAUGUAGCGCAACAUAUCCUUAUUUAUUAUCAGGAGUUUCAUAGUGAGCAAACCGCGAAAUCGU